AUGGCUAGCAUAAAAUCACACUUGGAGUUGUGGUUGAUGGACACUGCUAGAACGAGAGGUUUUAGUGAAUCCCAGCUCAAGGAAUUGUCCCAGUGGUUGUCUGGAUCCAAGAAGGUUACACAGCAAUAUUCAACUCUUAGUGAAAGAUAUCAGAGUCUUAUAGCAGCUGAUAAUUUACAAUAUGAUAAACAUCAAUAUGAAGUAGUUACUCAAUUAGAACAAUUACAACAUGAUUUAAAGAACUAUGCACCAACGCCAUCAUCAACUCAAUCUAAUAUUCUUCAAAAGGUUUUUGGUUCUAGGUCUCAGGAAAAACCCAAACAAAUUAAAGGUGUUUAUAUGUAUGGUUCUGUAGGUAGUGGUAAGACAAUGCUGAUGGAUAUGUUUUAUGAGUUAGUCCCUCUCGUUGAAAAACAACGAAUUCAUUUCAAUGCAUUUAUGUUAAGAGUUCAUGAUAGGAUUCAUAAUUUUAAAAUGAAUUUACCAAAACCUUCUGGACGUGAGAAACCCCAUGCUUAUGAUCCUAUUGGACCAGUAGCAAGAGAUAUUGCUCGACAAGUACAGCUAUUGUGCUUUGAUGAAUUUCAAGUGACAGAUAUUGCUGCUGCUAUGAUCUUAAAAAGAUUGUUUACAGCAUUAUUUGAAGAUGGUGUGGUUGUCGUGGCAACAUCCAAUCGACCACCAGAAGAUCUUUAUAAACAUGGUCUGCAAAGAGGUAAUUUCCCAUUUAUUGAUAUAUUAAAACAACAUUGUCAUGUGAUCAAACUAGACUCAGGUAUUGACUAUAGGCAGUCAAUACUAGCAACAGCUGGAGGUGUAUAUUUGACGUACGUUGAUGACAUUAACACCUUUUUUCUUCAAGACAUUCCUCGUAUGACUUACAUGAUGAGACCUCAAGCUCGACGCUUUAUCACCCUCGUUGAUACCUUUCGGAUGCUGAGUCGCAUAGUCUCUUCACACAGAGAGGAAGAGAUGUUUGCAUUUGAUAGAGCAAUCUCUAGAUUAGUCGAAAUGCAAAGUGAGGAUUAUUGGAAUGCUGAUAUAAUAUGA